UUAAGGAAAUCAAGGAAAUGAGCUUGGAAAACGAAAUUGAAAGAAUUAAAUUGAAAAAACCUAUCCUACAAGAAAAUAAUUUAGAAUUUAAACAAAGUAUUGAUCAAAAUAUAAAAGUAAUCGGAAAAGAAAAAAUUAAAACAACGAACAUUUUUAAUUGGUCAGAAAUGAAAAAUAAAAAAAUUGAAAAUAUGGAAGAAAAGGAUAAAAAUUAUAUUUAUUUUUUUGAAAAGGAAGAAAAAAAGUAA